GUGCGUCGCUUCAGUGUCUCGCCAGUAUGCUGUAAUAGAUUCACACGUGUCUGUGAUGUCAGAUAUUGUAGAUGCGGUGGGUUGAUAUAGAGUUUAGUAGUAGUUUGUAAGCGUGUGUGUGUUUGGAUUUUGGGACGUGCACUAUGUGGAACGUGACGGUGCGCGUGAGGGGAUUUAAGAAGCAGAUAGGAAUGUCGCACCUUGAGUCACGGUUUCUGUUCGUUCAGUUUUUUUCGCACUCACAUCAGCGUUUCCAAACACACUUGGCUCAAGUGGGAGAGUUUCACUGGAUUUAAUCUGCUCCUCGAGUCUGAACAGCAUCCAUGAAGAACCAUGAAGCUACCUGAGCUGAGUGACCUGGUCUCCUCCUGACCGCAGGAAGAUCCAGCGUUAAUUGAACUCUGUCUCUGAAGCUAUGAGCAGGUUCGGUAUAGAGCGUCGACUUGGGAGGCUAAGCAGGCAGGGAACAUCAGAAGAGCUCCCUGAGCUGAAGGAAGUGGCCGAAGAGGAGAGACGCCAGAUACCAGUGGUGACUGUGGAAGAUGUGGACGAACCUGUUGAUGAUUCCUCCGAAAACAAAGAGGAGGACAAUGGGGGGAAGAGGAAGACUAAAGAGGAGGAGGCAGCAGAAAGGGAAAGGAAAGCUCAGAGGCAGAGCAUGGCCAUACAAGAACUGGUGGACACCGAGAGGAACUACUUGAAGCACCUACAGAUUUGCACAGUUACUGUUCGCAGAAAUCUAGAGAAGCUACAGCCCCCACUGGCUAAUCUGGAUGGAAUGUUCCAGCACAUUGACAAAGUGAUGGACGUGUCCGGCCGACUCCUGAACCUCCUGGACCAGGCACAGGUGAAGCGCAGUGAUCCUCAGUACCUUGAAACUCUCUGUGGUUCUUUCCUCCACAUGACAGAAGACAUAGAGAUGGCAUACAAGGAAUAUCUGGCCAACUAUAAUAACAUCACAGCAAUAGAGAACGACUACAAGCAGAAGGAAGCCCAGUGGAUGGAAAUGGUGAAAGUCAUCAAGUCCUCUGCGCCAGAUGUGAAUGCCUCCACUCUCAGCUUCUUCUUGGUGAUGCCUGUACAGAGAAUUGCCCGUUACCCCCUGCUGCUGCAAACAAUACAGAAACACACUGAUCCCCAGCAUCCUGCCUACUCCCAGCUGGAGCACACGGCCCACACCACCGUCCAGCUCAACUGCAGGAUUAACGAGUACAAACGCUUCCGUGAAGUGGCUGACAAGUACAAGAAGACAGAAACCCUGACCAUCAAAGACAAGAUCAACCGGCUGAGUGGUCACAGCAUUGCUAAGAAGACAGCCAGACUGGGCCAGUACAUUAAACAUGAAACUGGUAUUGUACCAAAGGUAAAAGAUGAAGAGUUUGAUGCCCUUGCAGGAUUUUUCUUUGUUUUGGAGAAGGCUGUCACAGAUCUGCAUUCUAAUAUGGGAACCUAUCUCAGCCACCUGCAGAGGUUCCUCAGCUGUAGGCCAGAGGAGGCUGACUUGGACCUGGAGGGUGACAAGGCAGCUCUCUUCUCAAAGGAGAUUACUGUUGCACUUAGACAGUGGAUAUUCCCUGUUUAUGAGGCUCGUCUGAAUACUCUGGUAUUCAAACCACUGUCGUCUCUGCAUGAGCUGAUGGCCGGGCCACGCAACCUGAUCCGCAAGAGGAAGGACAAGCUGCUAGACUUUCAGGCGAUUGAGGAGAAAAGUAGCCUGAGCUAUGACGAACAGGCCAUUGCCAACACCUACAAGACUAUUAACACACUGUUGCUCAAUGAGCUGCCUCAGUUCAAUGCUAAAGCCAUGCAGUUGCUGUGGGCCACUCUGGGUGCCUUCAGCUGCCUGCAAAAAGACCUGGCUAUGGACAUGGAACAACUGGCCACCAGCUUUACUCAUCAGCUCCCACACACUUAUCUGGACAGCAAUGCAUUCUGGGAGUGGGCAGAGAGCUCAGUGCUGGAGGGUGCCAGGAAGCUGGAGAAGUUGUGUCAGAGCGUUCAGGAUGAGCUCAAUGCUCCCAUUGUGCAGCCUGUUGUUGCUGUGUCUGAGAGGCAACUGAAAGGAUUGAUGGACAAAUACGGUGCAGAAAAGCUCUACCAGCUGACUGGGCCUGUGGUGGCCUUGCGUGACCUUGACCUCAACCUGAACAAAGGCAAUCUGGUGGCUGUGAUCAGCGAAAUGGACACGCGAGGGGACCGCCGGCGCUGGCUGGUGGACGCAGGAGGUCCCAGGGGUUAUGUUCCAGCAUCCAAGCUGACUCGCUACAACCAUGUUUCCAUGGUACAGCCUCCUCCUUCUCCACUCCUCAGCGCUACAUCCAAUGGUCCAGGAACAAGGAGACACUCGUACACACCAGGAAUACAGCCUAAUAUCACCAUGACUACACCCUGCUUCCAGGUGUUUGCAGGGUACGACUUCAUAGCACGGAGCAGUCACGAGCUGUCCUUGCGGUCCGGAGAACCAGUGCGCGUAGUGGAGCCCCAUGAUAAACGCGGCAAUGCCGAGUGGAGUCUGGUGGAGGUGCGAGGUCAAAGAGGCUACGUCCCCUCUAACUACCUCGCCAUUCUGCCUUCGGUGGUGGCAUCACCCACCCUCCCUUUCCACUAGAAUCUACCACCACCACAGCAUGUCUCCAUGUGUACUCUAAACACUCCCACACACACACAACUGAAGGGCUCUCCAUGUGAGUGUGGGGAGGUGGUGAUUUUGCUGUCCAGUCUGUGAGCUGGAGUGGUGCUCGGGACUCAUCCCGAGUCUCGUCUGCAGAUCAGCUCUGUCUAAAGCUGCUGCAGAGAGAGAGCAGUUUGUCACAGCCGCAAUACCAGGUGGAGAUGAGCUGUGCGGCACUGAUGGAGUGUGUACUGUGUGGGUUUAACAGACUCUUCAGCAGAAUUAUUUGUCUGUGCGAAUGCCUCUCUGACUGAGCACGAUGGAGGGCAUAGAGUGAUGGAGUGAUGGGAUAAAGAGGUGAGGGACGUGUCCUAUGCCUCAAGCACUGCUGUGCAGUAUCUGUCUCUGAAUCUCAGAGGAACUUAAGAACCUUGAACUUAGCUGGAUCUAAAGGUGUGAGUCAGUUCUGAUAAACCUGACUACCAUGCAGAAGGAGACAUAUUCGCUACAUCUGGAUGAGCUUUUAAUUAUUUUUAAUCACUGUGAGAAAAUAAUUCCCGAAUGAAAUGUAUAGAAGGUGCUGGAAUAUUUUUAGAAUUAUGAGACAGUAUGGUAUGUAGAUAUGGAAGUGUAAAAAUGUUCAGAACAUUGUAAAUAAUUUUGUCCCGUAAUUGUGAAUUGCAAAACCUUACUCAGUUUUAACACUGGAUUAACAUUGCAUUGUAGUUGUGUAUUGGCAUUUUUUUUGCACAGUGUGUUGCACAGAUUUAACUACUGAGCUUUUUGUAGAUGAAGAAAAGUCCAAAACUUCAGCAGAUGCUAUUGUUGCAUCGAAUGCAGAGAGAAGACCCGGCUUGCUGCAGUGUGUGCACGCCUGCAGUUACUGGAACUCUCCACUAGAGGCAGCACAGUUCCAUUCUUACAGCCUCUCUUUUCACUGGAAUAAGCUUAUUCUGUCCGCAGAUUUACUCACCGUAUGUUCUCAGAAGUAAUCAUGUACUCUCUGUCUGUCUCUCUCUCUCUCUCUCUCUCUCUCUCUCUCUCUCUCUCUCUGCUGUCCAGUGUUGUGUGGAAUUGCUUUGGGGUCAUAUUUAAAAAAUCACUGUGGCUUUAAGCAUUACCUCAAAUAGUACUGAGCUUAAACCAAGAAAACAGAGAGGUAGAAUAAUCUCUGGACUUUCUGUCCUUCUGAUCCAUUAUGAAGCUUUACUGGAAUCAUUUUAAUUUAUUUUUUAUUUAUUUUUUGCUGCAAAGUUUAAGAACAAGUGUAUCAGUAGAUUGCUUAUUACUUGUUACUUAUUAAAUUGUCCAAUUGUGCAGAACAUUUUAUUUUGC